GGCCAAUACAAGUUCAUACCAAAGUUUUCAGAAUACGUAGUUGUCAACAAUGGUUGAUAAGGAAAUCUCGAAUGAGGAUAUCUAUGCACUAUUGCAAUCUGUAGUGUCUCAAAAUAACGAAAUCAAACAAGAAAUAAGAAAUAUCAACUCAAGAAUUGAUUUAAUAACCGUCAGAGUAAAUGGAACAAACGAGAAAGUGGAAAAACUCGAGGAAGAAAAUAGGGAACUCAAAAGUCUAGUUGAGGGUUUGGAAAGACAGGCAAAAAAAUAUAAUAUAGUGGUCUAUGGACUUCCCGAAACGAAAAAAGAUACACUAGAGGACGUUAAAUAUCUUAUUGAGACCCUAGAUAUCCAAGUAUCUUCAGACAUUGAAGUGAGAGACGCUUAUAGAAUUGGAAAAAAAGUGGAAGGUAAAAUUCAACCAAUAGUUGCAGAAUUAACCACAUACCGAAUGAAAGCUGAUAUUUUAAUUAAAUCAAAGAGGAACGAAAUACUUCAGAAAAAAGGAGUUUUUAUCUCAAACGAUUAUCCCAAGAAAAUUUACCAACAGAGGAAAUUUCUCCAUUCCAAAUUGAAAGCUGCAAAAUCUCAGGGACACACGGCACAAAUAACAAAACACAAUAGUCUACAAAUAAAUGGAAAGAUAUUCUCUUACCAAGAGUUGGUAGACGAAGAAGAAGAAAAUCAACGAGAGAUCUCAUCUGCACCAGAAACACACAAGCCAAGUGAAGCCAAACGAAAAGAUAGAGAAGAAACACCAGAAGAAGCAAGAAACUCAAAACCGAAAAUAUCCGCAGAGAUUCGCACCUCAAAUAGGAAUAGGAAUAAGCAGUAGAAUAGUUGAUUCUUAUUUAUACAUUUGUUUUUCAAUCAUUUCAUUUAUAUAGAGAAUUAAAGAAAACAACACUAAUGAAUUCAUUUAUCAGAGAUUUCAGAGAUAAUACUGUGGAAACAACAUAUGUUGAUAUUCCAGAGAAUUGUAAAUUUAAACUAAAUACUAGGAAGCCUAAUUUUACCAUCUUUCACAAUAAUAUUAGUAGCAUAUCUAAGAAUUUUGAUAGUUUUCAGACAUUAAUGAAGCAGAUUUCGGUAGAAAUAAAUGUCAUUGUACUAACUGAAACCUGGAAAGUGCACAACACAGAGAUAUUUUCACUUGAAGGCUAUGAUGCAAUAUACAGUAGCGGUGAGUAUAACCAAAAUGACGGCGUCAUGGUUUUUAUCAAGAACAAUUUGAAUCACACACAUACAUUUCACAAAAUUCAUGAAUCUACAAUAAUUCAGGUUACAAUCAAUUUGAAAAACAAUCAAUAUCUGACUAUUACUAGUAUUUACAGAUCACCAUCAUCAUGCCCAGAUGAAUUCAAUCGGCAGUUAGAACAAUAUAUUAAAAAUUGCUUAAAUAAUCAGAAUAAUUAUCAACAUAUCAUAGUAGGGGACAUAAAUAUCAAUAUUUUGUCAAAUACGGAUACUAGUCACGAAUACAUGAAUAUCCUUAAUGAGGAAUCUUUCAGAUCUUGUAUCAAUAUAUACACACGUAUACAGGGAGAUGCACAGUCAUGCAUUGACCAUAUAUUUGUGAA